AUGCAGGACAACGCGGGCGAGAGUGAAAGCAAAGGUCCCUCGAUACCAGCAAGCAUUACCAUCGACGGCGUCAUCGUAUGCUGCACCGGUAUCUCGAAACGAUCUAAAAACGAAAAGGAUGUGCUGGCUCCAAUAUCGACUGCAAUGCAGAAUGCGCCGGACAUGGCACAGUUCGUCACUGGACAUGCGCCCGAUGGCGAAGAGAUGUACUUCGGUGACCUGCAUAGUCUCCUUGCCAACGGCUCAGAGCCAGAAGAUACCUUUGCCGGCAGGAGCCAUGGGACCCGCAUGGCUCUAGUCAAUCAGUUCCUCGUUACAGACCAGAAUAGGGACCUCGCCCGUAACAUGGCCGAAUCGUACUACUGGGAGACUAUUCAGCAACGUGUGAAAGCACUCAUGCAUUCUUGGUCCGACAACAGAGGUACUUGUGACAGCCAUGUCCUCCAACAGUUCAUGACAGCAGCUGUGAUCGUCGUGGAAAGAGCAGACGGCAUUAGCGAGCAGACAAAGGCGGAGUACAGAUACCUAUGGACAGCACUCCGCCAGCUCCAGGAACGGAACCGCCCAAUCGGUUCGGCACCAUAUCACCAUCGUGAUCACUUGAAUCGGAACCGAUCGCAAUGUCAAGACACAUGUGAUACGCCAAGAGUUGUCAUGCGGUCCAAGCUUCUGGUCUAUUAUUUAACUUGCCUCCUGCCCUUCAAAAAUUUCUUCCAACUUUCCUCAACAUCACUGUUCACCACUUCACCGACAAGCUGCCUCGCCACGGCGCCGUCAACCACACCGAAUACGGCCACGAAGCAAGACGUCGACGAUGAUGUGGAGUACAGGCAGGGAGUGGACACGUUCAAAAUACAGAUGCGGGAGUUCAUAGAGCUGCUGAAGGCCGAGAACGAGACAAUCGCCGUCUCUUUCACUUCGGUUGAAGUAUACGAGGACGACGGCCAGAAGACGACGAUUGUGAAGUCACAUAUUGAGAACGAGGUCGCCCGCACCGGCAAGACGGAGCUGCCGUCCUGUGAGGACAUCCGAUCUAUCUUCAAAGGCCUCUUCGGUACGACGUCAACUGGGGUGCUUCGUCAUGCUUCGAUUGCUGAGUUCGAACUCAUUCUUCACGUCUUCGAAACAAAGGCGAAGAAGUACAGGGAAAUAAUCAACAUCCAAGGUGAAUGUGGACUGGAAGGCGAGGAUGGCGAACUGGCCCAAGCAGCACAGACGAUGGAUGCCGACAUCCUCAAGUACGGGAACCGCCUCACCGAGUUGAAGUUCAUCAUGCGUUUAACACGCCAGGGUUUGACAGGCAUGACCGGCACGGAUGAAGCCCCGAGCUACGUGGUGCAUCGCAUGCCAGAAGCAACCAGCUCGGCGGAUUUGGUCGACAAGAACGGCACCCAGAAGUCCGACAGCGAGACGACCUCACCAACGUCAAACCAGGCGAUGCCACGAAUGCCUCCACGAUCGCUAAAGAGACGGUUCUGA